AUGUGGAACAGCACUGAUCCUUUGAAAAAUGAUAGCUUUUCUUGUGCAUCCCCAACUGUAGAGGGCUACCGUUAUUUUGGCGUCCUCUUGGGAUCGGGUGUGACAUUAGUAGGAACCAUAGGGAAUAUUAUGACGGUCCUCGCCUUUGCCACUGAUGCCAGCCUGAGGACACGUUUCAAUGUUCUCAUAGUUAACCUUGCCCUCGCUGACCUUCUUUACUGCAUGAUGCUCCAACCGGUCAUUGUUGACUCAUACCUGCACUUGCACUGGAGAGGCGGAGCCACGUGGUGUCGGAUGUUUGGAUUUCUUCUGUUCCUGUCCUACAGCGUGUCCAUUAUAACAUUAUGCCUCAUCGCUAUGAGCCGUUACUUGAUUGUUGCGCAUCGCACUUCUCACUGUGCCCGUUUGAUCCUGUCCCGCCGUGGAGUGGCAGUGCUCCUCAUCUCAUCCUGGCUACUGGGUAUAGCCAGUUUCGCCCCACUUUGGCCCAUCUAUGUGUUUGCCCCGCAAGUGUGCACCUGCAGUUUUCACCGCAGUAAAGGGCGGCCUUACACCACCGUGCUGCUUUACCUGUACUUCUUCUUGGGCUUGGGUUGUGUGGGCCUUUUCUACUUACUCAUCUACCAUAAGGUGUGUUUAGCUGCCAAGGCUUUUCUGAAGUACAGGCUCAGUCAUCGCUCAUCAAAACGCAAGUGGGCCGAAGCUGAAGUGGCGAUUGAUGACAGCGGAAUAAGUGAUGGAGCUUCAACAACUCUAAGCUGUGAGAUCAGUAAUGAUGAAGCAGGAGUGGAGCAGAAUAGGAACAAAGCAGAGGAGAAAUCUGAGGGCCAAACAACUACAAAAGAACCAAAAAACUCCAUUCAAGAUGCCCCAAAAGACAUAGAAAUGUCUUCUAAACCAUCUAUGGUAACAAUCAAGACCACUCCAGCUGCCGGCUCAAGAGAGGACAGUGAAUUUAAGCGUGUAACUCGAAUGUGCUUUACAGUUUUCUUGUGUUUUGUAGUUUGCUUUGCACCAUUUUUGUUGCUGAAUGUUGCUGAUAAUGCAAACCGUGCACCACAGGUCAUUCAUAUGUUCUGUUCAAACCUUGCUUGGUUAAAUAGUUGCAUUAACCCUUUGCUGUAUGCAGUCAUGAACCGGCAGUUUAAACAGGCCUACAAAGACCUAAUGGUCAAAGCUCUCCAUCCAUUAACCUGGAUAUGGAGAACCCAUGGGUUCAGAACAAUUUAA